CAACUACUCUGUUUUGCGAGGGCUAUGGUCAGACAUAAUAGAAUCCUGAUACUCGAUGAGGCUACCAGCAGUGUCGACAGCGACACAGAAGCCAUAAUGCAGGAUAUGAUUGACACUGGAUUCAAACAGUGCACCGUUCUUGCUGCCAUGCAUCGCGUGAAGCACAUUGCGAUGUAUGAAAAGGUCGCGUUAUUGGAUAAUGGCGUAUUGGCUGACUUUGACGAGACUAAGAAGUUGCUG